AUGGAGACAAUCAGCAUGUGGACAGUCUAUGCCCCGGUACUGCAGGAGGGAGGUCAUAGCGAGUUAACUCAGACCUAUGGACAAAUGCUGCCUCCUUGCAUGGGGAUCCUGGACUCGAUGCACCAGUGCAAUACGGAUAAACAAUCGGGAUACUUCGAAAAAACAAAGACUUCCUGCUCUUUCUCAUCUCAAAUUGGCUUUUCAGACAUUUCCAGCAUUUUGGGACUAGCCCCCUGCAUUCCGGGAACAAUUCGUCUAUAUUCUUUUGUCGGGUUCCCCAUGAGCAACAGCCUUCUCCAGUACAUUGUCGUACGAUGUGACCUGACUACAGUAUAUAGAUGGCCCCUUGGAGCCGUCGUUGCCCAGGGAUGUCAUGCGGCCACUGCUUCUAUUCAUGCCUUCCGAACACAUCCUCAGACCAUUGCCUACUUGGAAAACCUCGACAGGAUGCACAAGGUUGUGCUUGGCAUUGAGAAUGAACAGCAAUUGAAAUGUUUAGCUGAGAAGUUGACUGAGAAUAAGGUUGACCAUUACUUAUGGACAGAACAACCAGAAAAUGUUUGCACAGCCCUGGCCACCCGUCCUUAUCUGAAAUCUGACAUUCAGUCAUUCUUCAAAGGCCUGAAACUACUAUCUUGA